UGUCCCCCCCACUUUUUGUCAGGGGUCAUUUUGUCUCCAACACAUUCAAAUUGUUCACAUGUAAGCCGUUGUAAACCCAGUUAUUUUCAGUAGUAUAGAAAAUUCCGACGCUCCUGAACGCACCAUCCGCACUCGGCCGAGAGUUGCACACCUUCGUAAGGUUAAAAAAAAAAAAAAUGCGCAGAUGCUAAAUUUGCGCCUGUGCCAAGUGGAAGCUCCGACCAGAGGCGUGCAGGGGCAAAAUUUCGGCGUGGGAGAAUUAGUACUAUAGCGGCCCACAGACCCAUCUACUCGCAUGUAUCGAUAGCUCAACAGUUUAUGCUUCUGCCUUCGGUGCGGUGGUUGUGAGUUCUAGUCCAACUUGUGGCAUUUUGCCGCCGUUCUUCGACAUUUUCUCAAAGUGCUGUGGUCUCCGUCCCCCCCACUUUUAAAAACAAACUGACGCCCUUGGUCACAGCUCAGCAGCCAUCCUUGUAAAGGAAAUCUGACAGUAGUGAAUCUCCAGCUUUUACUCUCUAGAGUAAAGACUCAUAACUUGGUUAGCUUUUUGAGUCGAAGGAACCCAGUAGCACUGGUUUCUACUUUAAUGUGGAACUAUAUCUAGCUUCAGACUACACUGACAGGAGUAGAUGUCUUAUGAAAGCAGCACUGUGGAGUAUUACUAAUGAUGCAGUAGGAUGGUGACAGCCUGUACCUUAGCAUCAAGCCAACAAGAGAUAGAUUUUAUGCAAUGGACAAGGUUGUUGGCUUCACUGUUGACUUGUUUUAAUUAACUUCCAGCAUUCAUUUGUCAUGUUUCAUACCUCAAGCAGAAAGUCACCUGUGCAUGUUUAAACAUUUUUUUCAAUUUAGACUAAAGAUAGCUGUAUUAUACUUUGUUUUACUUGAGGGUUAAGGCUCUUCAAAACAUUAAGCAUAUUUAUAUGUAUACACACACAAAUGCAGUUGUGUAGCCAUAAUUUGAGAGGACAUAAGAUGAUUUACAUUCAUUUCAAGGGGAUUUACUCAAGUCAAACUUAACUAUGACUACUACUUGCCUAACCCUAAGCCUUACUGAAAUUAUGUCUUCACCUUAAAGUUUAAUCAUUUACAUCACACGUCAUUUUUUCCCCCUAAACAAGACAUGUCCACUUAAUGUGACUGCGUAAACAGAUUUAGGACCCACAACAGGAGUAGUACCUGGAUCUCUCACACACAAACAAACAGCCACUAUUUUUGUACAAAAUCAUCUUACUUGGGAAAGAUAUUUUUUACAUCCAUGCAUGAAUCUAUGCUAUUUCAUGGAUACUUUCAGGCAGCUUGAAAAGUGUUAUACAUGUGGGCGGACUGCCUCAAGGUUUAUUGGGUAGAGAAAUCCAACUGCGUAAGUGCUGAUGUACAAAAUGGUUUUCUAACUCGCCUGGUAGUCUAUGUGGUGGUUUUCAGCUCAACCAACAUGUAAGACACAGUGGUGUGCAGUGGAGUGUGUGAGCUCUUUUUGAAUUUUUAUUUGAAUGUGAAGAAAAUGAGUGUCAAAAGUAGAGCAUAAUUUUAUCAUAAUGAAAUCAACCUUUGACUACCCCCUACUCUUGCAUUUAUUAAAUCUCUUGUAAUCAUUUGCAGCUUGGAAAAUAAUAGUAGUUGCAAAGUCAAAUGUUGAUGUAACUGGGCUAGCAGGGACCCCAGAGCUCUGUUGUUACAGGCUCACACAGCGGUUGUUACUUUAGAACUGAGGCUGCUUUGCUCUAGAAAUAGUAGCUCUGUUUCCUGACUUCAUAAUUAAUUUGAGCACAGAAGUGUCCAUCAUUCAGCAAGGUUUUAGGACCUCAAUCAAGGAUGUUAUUAAAACUUUAUUAAUUAAUGUCUUCACAUGAAUAAUAAAUCAAAUGACUACAAGUAAUGUCAAAGUGGUUGCUCAUGGUGAUGAUUACAGUCUUUUUCAGCCCGUCCGCUUUGGUUUUAAGGGCACAUUUACUUGUCUUUCAUUGCUUUCAGUGACUCUGCAUCCAGCUUACCGAUGAAACAGCUGGAGUUGGUGAAUCCAAAGUCAAUAAAGUAUCGUGUCUAGCAGCAGUGUUGUAUAGUAACGAAGUAAUAAUACUUAAGUACAGUACUUAAGUAUGAUUUGGCAGUACUUGUACUUUACUUGAGUAUUUUUUUUCUUCAUGACUUUUUACUUUUACCCCACUACAUUUUUGAAUGAAAAAAAUGUACUUUUACUCCACUACAUUUUCAAUAAGCUACUUCGUUACUGCUACUUUUACUUAAGUACUUUUCUAACAGGAUUGAGUAAAAAUAUUGAGCAGUUCAGAACUUUGCUCCGUCUCCGGGCCACGAGCCGGCUAAUGAGUGAGACUUGUGCUGCGUUCAUGUGAAGCCAGUUUAGUAGGAAAUACGACUUUCCCAGUGCACAGGACUGAAGGUAGUGUCGUAUUUACCACUGGGAAACGGAGACAUUUACAAAAAAAUAACCUUCCAAAAUGAAGGAUAGAGGCGAAAGAUUUUUAAAUAAUCAGAAAAAUCAAUCAAAUUGUGAAAAGGCAAUUGAUUGAUUUACACAUUUAUUUACAUUUUAUUUAUUUGACGUGACUGUGAAGUUUCAAUAUAUUUUCCCUUGCACAUCUUCUAUAAGAUUAUUUGAAUAAGUCAAACAAAUAUUUUACUUUUUAUUCUGCUUAAAGUUCCCUUUCUCCCUCAAUAAAAUUACAUAAACCACUAAAAACCAGACAGACAACCUCAUAUUUACGAGUUCCUGAGGAGAAAGCUCGUCUUUACCAGAGAACAUGAACGCAGCACUAGCCUGCCUGGGUGCCUGGACCAAGCUAGCUUGGACCCGCCAAUUAAGCAUUUAGCGCUUGGCUGGCACAUGCUUACAAUGGCUGAAAAUGAGACGGAGGCGAGUGAUAAAGACGACCAUCGCAGUGAUGAAGAAAUUCCUUCACUGGAUAAAGACGCUGAACAUCCAUGGCCUUAUCUUCACUCCCUAUUUGAUUGUGUUGGGGUCAAGUCAGAUUCUUUCCGCAUGAAGUGCAUGCUUUGCACUCCAAAGCUAGUUGAAAUAUUGGCUUACAAAAAUUCACCGUCAAAUCUACGGAAGCACGUGAAGAGGAUGCAUCCAGAAAGCCUUGCCAAGUACUCUGCCCUGACUUCUGUUAAAAGAAAGCGAGCCGCUGAGACGUCCACGCAGGUGCAGUCAACACUGCGAACCCAGUGGAGCAUCUUUCCUCAGGGUUCCUUGGACAAAGCGGUCAUGAAGUACAUCAUUACUGGACUCCAGCCCUUUUCUCUCCUUGAACAGGAAUCUUUCAAGAUAUUUGUGAAAGACUUGAUUCCGAAUUCUAGGCUGAUGACUCGCGUGAAGCUUAGAGCCAUGACCAUCGAAGCCGCAACAAAGAUGAAGAAGGCCUUGACGGACAAGAUGGGUGAGGUUGCACACAUCGCAACCACCACAGACUGUUGGACAGUCAGGAGGCGUGGCUUCAUCGGGGUCACUGCACACUGGAUCAAUGAAGAUCUAAAUAGAUGCUCAGUGGCCCUCGCCUGCCGACAGCUUAAAGGCUCUCACACCUUUGACCAGAUCGCUGCAGCUCUAAACGACAUCCACACGGAGUAUGAUAUCCGUGAGAAAAUUGUGAGAACCACCACGGACAGUGGUUCAAACUUUAUAAAAGCCUUCAAGGUGUAUGCAGAAGAGACUGAGAGCACAUCUGAGAGUGAAGAACGGGAGGAUCAUACAGAUGAAGAGAGUGGAGAUGAUGUUGAAGUGGAGAAUGUGGAUGUAGCGGAUCUUCUCUCGCAAGAUGAUGGGAUGGAGUUUCAGCUUCCAAGGCACCAGCGAUGUGCCUGUCACCUAAUCAAUCGCAUCGUAAUGGCUGAUGCCCUCGAUGCAAAAUCGAACGACACUUACAAGAAAGUUUACCGAUCCGCUUUUUCAAAGUGUCAUGCACUGUGGAACAAGUGCGGAAGAUCCACUCUUGCAGCUGAAGCUGUAGAGGAUUCUUGCACUAUCCAGAUUCUACGUCCAAAUACCACAAGAUGGAACUCGCUCUUCCUCGCUGUCGAAAGGCUGCUAAGAAUCAUCAAAGACAAAGGAGAGGGGACCAUCAGAAAUCUUUGCAAUGACUUCAAAGUUCCAAUGUUCAACCCGGCAGAACUGGCGUUUUUGGGAGAGUAUGCCAUUGUGAUGACUCCAGUUGCUCAAGCAACAAACAUCCUCCAAGCAGAAACCAACGCCCAGAUGGGAUGGCUGCUACCGACAAUCACGUUGCUGUCCGUUAAAUUGGACAGAGUAAAGUUGCAGCUGAAAUACUGCAGGCCUCUGGUGGAUGCACUGCAAGUGGGAAGGUAUAAAGACUCGGUUUGGAACAAUGGCAAAAGAUCCUGAGCUGAUUGCGGCAGCAAUUCUUCUGCCCAAGUUUCGGACCACAUGGACAAAGGAGGAAGCUACCAUCAAAAUGGGAAUGGACUACAUCAAACAGCACAUUGAGCAGUCUUCUCCAAGUGAGCAGUCAAGGGCUUCUUCAUCGGAUGAUGAAGACUUCUUCUCACCUCUGCAAUCAUCUCACUCGCAAGAUAGUUCCAAACAGCUUGAUGCCUAUCUGACCUGUUCAGCGGAUCACAUGACUGUGCUGAAAUCUUACCCAGCUGUCUGCGCACUGUCUGUCAAGUUGAAUACCCCUCUUCCAGCCUCCGCAGCAUGUGAAAGGCUUUUCAGCAUUGCAGGACUCGUCUUUGCCCCAAGAAGAGCAAGACUGAAUAGCAAGAACUUCGAAAAUCAGCUUCUUCUAAGGAUGAACCGCAAAUUUUUGAAUUGGUGACAGGUUUUUUCAUAGGGCUGGCCCCUGGUCGCGUGAACUUGUUCUAUUGUUCAAACUCAUUGUUUAAACCAGAUUUGGUUGAUGCAUCAAUUUUCUUACAGAAAAUCCCGGACUGUAAAAAUGUAUGAAAAUGAAGUUAAAGUUUUCAGUUAAGUUGCAUCUCUUUGUACAAUUUUGUUUUUUUUACAAAAGGUGGCAUUUAUUUCCAUAAGUUACCUAAAUAAACCAAAUCUUUUUGAA